UUCCCAUGCAGACGUUCUUUUAUGCGGACACAAAGUGGUCUAGCCGUUUCCCCGAUAUAUUCCUCGCCGCAUCAAUAUAUGUACAACGAUUUUUCUCCCGAACUUGUCAAACGAUCCGCUUUGGCAGAAGAUGUUGGUAUGAUGUUCAAAGGCCUGAGGGGAUUGCGAGGAAAGCGAAUGCCGUACAUGAAUCUGAAGGGACUUCGUGGCAAACGACUGUUCUAGGUAAGGUGAACUCUCUCAAUAGACCAAUCGGGUCCAUUUUCCCCGCUCUUUUCGUUGGCCCGAGUUUCACUGUAGUGGGGUCGCCAAGAUGUUCAACAAGUUGCUGA